AUGGGGUGUCGGCUCCCAAAGCUGAGGAAGGCUGAAGAGAAGCGCAGCCCUGGAAACAUCUACUCCACCCUCCGACGGCCUCAGGUGGAAACUAAAGUCGGAGUGGCCUACACCUACCACUUUUUGGAUUUCCUGUUGGGGAAAGAAGGUAUGAACAACAGCCCGAUUUUAGAGAAAAGUAAUCUGAGGUGGGCAGGACAUCGUUUGGAGACGGACGUCUGUGUGGCCAGUCAACAGGCUGCAGACCCAGAAAUGAUUCAGAACUACGUGAAAAAGAUCCAGGAUGUGGCGGAACAAGGAGUGAUGUUUGUAGGCUUUCUUCAGCAGCCUGGCAGUGGACCGUAUUUCUUGGGUCACUGGGACCCCGAGGAGCUGUCGUCUUUACACUCAAGCCCGUCGCCCAUUCAUCGACACCCUUUCAGCGCCAACACAAGCCCAACUGAUCCUACAGAACCUAAUUCGAAUGACGCAGAAGCUGAUUUCUGCUGCUGUGAAUCUCAAGAUGUGGAUCGUGGCGUUGUGGAAUGCAACGCUUCAGUUUCCGGGGGUCUGAAACGAGCUCAGAGUUUAGCACUCAGUCCAGAGGAGGACCACAUUGAAACCUCACAGAAGGAUGUCAGAAAGUCAACAAACGGACUUCAGAAUCACGUCAAACCUGAUGCAGACAAAGUUAAAAACAUAACAGAUGCAAGAGGAAAUCAGUUUAAUGUGAAACCACCAGGAACAGCAGGUACAUUAUGUAAAUUAGCUGAAGAUAAACAUUUCACCGGAUCUGCAGAGAAACAUUCUAACUUUUCACAUCAGAGAGAAAAAAGAGGCUCGAGCUCCGACAGCUGGCUCAGCUCCCCAGAGCUGGGUGAUGGAAAACUGGACUCAAAUCGAGUGACGACACAUAACAACAACCAUAUCAGACUAAAGAAAUCUGGGAAGGACAAGGGUGCAACAUCCCCACCAGCUCAGGCCAGUAAGUAUGCAAAGCCCCGUUUGUUUUACCCAGUUUAUUUUUCACUUGUUAAUUUUCCUGUUUUGUAUCUGUAG